AUGUCGACUUUCGGGAAGGUUUUCCGGGUCACCACCUAUGGCGAAUCCCACUGCCGCUCGGUGGGCUGUAUUGUCGAUGGCUGCCCCCCAGGCAUGCCGCUCACCGAAGACGAUAUCCAGCCGCAGAUGACACGUCGUCGACCAGGCCAGAGUGCCAUAACCACGCCCCGAAACGAGAAGGACCGCGUUAUGAUACAAUCAGGCACCGAAAAAGGCAUCACGCUGGGCACACCGAUCGGCAUGAUGGUUCUGAACGAGGACCAACGGCCUAAGGACUACGGCGACAAGACUAUGGACAUGUACCCCCGGCCCAGCCACGCAGACUGGACCUACCUCGAGAAGUACGGCGUCAAGGCGAGUAGUGGUGGCGGGCGAAGCUCUGCGCGUGAGACGAUCGGUCGAGUGGCUGCUGGUGCAAUUGCCGAGAAAUACCUGAAGAUGGCGUAUGGCGUCGAGAUCACCGCCUUCACCACGUCCGUUGGCGGUGUGCACAUGUUCCCGCCCACAGCCGAAUACCCGACCCCAAGCCAGAAUCCCGCUUUCAUGAACCUCCUUCAGACGAUCGACCGUGAUACCGUCGACAAUUUCCUGCCCGUGCGGUGUCCGGACGAAGAGGCCAACGAGAAGAUGGCUGAUUACAUAGGCCAGGUCAGGGACGCCCACGACAGUAUCGGCGGCACCGUCACCUGUGUCAUCAGGAACGUUCCUAGCGGCCUCGGCGAGCCCUGCUUCGACAAGAUGGAGGCCGAGCUCGCUCACGCCAUGCUCAGCAUACCUGCGACCAAGGGCUUCGAGAUCGGGUCCGGCUUCGGCGGCUGUGAGGUUUUAGGCUCUGUUCACAACGAUCCCUUCAUUCGGGCGCCAGUUACAGAGGAAUCGGUGGCGAAAACGGGCAUACCGCGAUCGAAGCUCACGACGAAGACGAAUAACUCGGGUGGUGUCCAGGGCGGUAUCACGAACGGUGCGCCCGUCUACUUCCGUGUUGCUUUCAAGCCGCCGGCGACAAUCAGCCAGGCCCAGACGACGGCUACCUACGAAGGAGACGCUGAAGGCGUGCUCGCUGCCAAGGGGCGCCACGAUCCCUGCGUCGUGCCGAGAGCGGUGCCGAUUGUUGAGGCCAUGGCGGCACUUGUGGUCAUGGACAACCUAAUGCAGCAGAUGGCGAGACACGCUGCUAGAUUACAAUUACCCACGCUGAAGCAGACGGUGCCGCCAGCGGAAAAUGGUGUUUCGAUGGAUACAUGA